AAGAGGAUGAGUGAUAAUAUUCAACACUCUUCUACUUGUAGGACUCCUCACUCUCCCUCACAUUCACCCAAACCAGUAGGUGGCGAUAUUGAUUCAAAUUAGCUCGCGGUCAAAUCCAACAAAGGAGUGGAAACGAGGAAGUAGAGGUGUCAGGUUUCUUGUGCCUCUCAAAACAUCAUGGAGUUUGCUGAGCUGAUCAAAACCCCCCGUGUGGAUGGGGUGGUCCUCCACCGCCCCUUCAUGCCCACUGUGGAGGGAACUCUGUGUCUGACAGGACAUCACCUCAUCUUGUCUUCUCGCCAGGACAACACCGAGGAGCUCUGGCUGCUUCAUGCUAACAUCGACUCUAUUGAGAAAAGGUUUGUGGGAUCACUGGGAACUAUUAUUGUAAAGUGUAAGGACCUGCGGGUGAUUCAGCUGGACAUACCGGGCAUGGAGGAGUGUCUCAACAUUGCCAGCUCAAUUGAAGCUCUCUCCACGCUGGACUCUGUGUCCCUGAUGUAUCCGUUCUUCUACCGUCCUCUGUUUGAGGUCAUUGAGGAUGGAUGGCAGUUGUUCGUACCAGAGGAGGCUUUCAAAGAUCUGGAGUCUAUGACAGAUGAAUGGAGACUGAGUGAGGUAAAUAAAGACUUCAGCGUGUGCCCCUCGUACCCGUCCCUUCUGACUGUGCCCAAAGACAUCGAUGAUGAAAGUCUCUGCAAAGCUGCUUCCUUCCGUCACGGAGGCCGUUUCCCUGUGCUCAGUUACUACCACAAGAAAAACGGCAUGGUGAUGAUGCGAGCAGCACAGCCACUAACAGGAACCAAUGGACGCCGCUGCAAAGAGGACGAGAAACUAAUCAAUGCCACACUUUGCGCGGGGAAGCGAGGUUACAUCAUCGACACGCGGACUAUAGCUGUAGCGCAGCAGGCUAAAGCUCGCGGAGGAGGAUUUGAACAGGAAGCCAACUACCCUCAGUGGAGGAGGAUCCAUAAAGCCAUUGAGAGGUCUAAUGUUCUGCAGGACAGUCUGAUAAAGCUGGUGGAGGCGUGCAACGAUCAGUCGCACAGCAUGGACCGCUGGCUCAGUAAACUUGAAGCGUCCAACUGGCAGAGUAAGGUUAAGGAAAUCCUCACAACGGCCUGCCUGGCUGCACAGUGCAUUGACAGGGAAGGGGCGUCAGUGCUGGUUCAUGGCACAGAGGGCACUGAUUCAACACUGCAGGUCACGUCUCUCGCCCAGAUCAUCCUCGAUCCGGCUUGUAGAACCAUCCGUGGCUUUGAGGUGCUGAUUGAGCGAGAGUGGUUACAGGCCGGUCACCCGUUCCAGCAGCGCUGUGCACAGUCUGCAUACUCGAAUGGGAAGCCCCGAAGUGAAGCGCCUGUGUUCCUGCUCUUCCUGGACUGUGUGUGGCAGAUCCUGCGGCAGUUCCCUUGCUCCUUCCAGUUCAACGAGAACUUGCUGAUCAUGUUCUUCGAGCACGCCUAUGCCUCACAGUUUGGCACUUUCCUUGGAAACUGCGUGGCCGAGAGGGUGAAGCUGCAGCUGUCUCAGAAAACUGUUUCUCUGUGGUCGUGGGUGAACAGACCUCAGGAGCUGGAGCGAUUUCUCAACCCUCUAUAUGAGCCCAAUAACCUGGUCAUCUGGCCGUCUGUGGCUCCCCAAAGCCUGCUUCUGUGGGAGGGGGUAUUCCUUCGCUGGAAUCGCUCCACAAAGUGUUUGGACGAGGCCUGUCAGGAGAUGGUCCAUAUUAUAGAGUACAACAAGGAGCUGCAGAACAAAGUGAACAGCCUGCGCAGGCAGCUGGCCCAGCUCGAGACGGAGGAAAGCCCCCUGCAGACACCAUAGGACGUCAACAGAAUGGUAUCCUUCUGAUUUGCCAUCUCUGUCUUACCGAAAUAAGCCUCACGCACAUGUGUCUACACUCCUCUGAUCGUACUCUUUCUUUCUGUCUCCAUUGGUCUCCAAUCGAUUCUACUCUCUGGCCACUAGAUCUGCUGCUCUAUUAAUAUAUCAUUGUAGUUUUCUUCCUUUAACACUAUGCCUCACUUAUCCUUAUUAUGAUGUGUUUCAUGUAAAACACUUUAAACUGAUUAAGCAGGUUAUGAUAUGGAUGUCAUUUCAUUAGAGAUUGUACAUUGGUGCUUUGGUUUACAUGUUCUCAAAGAAAAGGGACUGCUGAUGUGCCAUGUUUUUUUUCUUUUUUCUUUAAAGUCGUGUGCCAUGAAGUGCAAUAGAAAACAUAAUUAUAAAAUAAAACAAAAGGGAAAAUAUUGGACUGACUAUUGGAUGCUGGAGAUACCAUUUGAAUCAAACACAGGUGGUUUACAUAGUCUUACGUGAUACCUAACUCCUUCCAGAGAGAAAAAAUGCCCAAAAGUGCUGUCCAAGAUGUAGAAAGAUUUGGAAAAAUGUAACAUUACAGCACUUGCACACUAGUGGGAUCCUCUGCAGUGAAUGGGUGCCAUCAGAAUGGGAGUCCAAAUAGCCGAUUAAAAACAUUACAAUCAAACACAAGCAAUCCACAUGCCUCUAGUUCAUCCCAAAAUACCAGUCCAUAAUCCAUAAUAAUGCUUGUGGAUUAUUUCUUUUUUUUUUUAUCAGCCUUUUGAACUCUCAUUCUCACGGCACCCAUACACUGCAGAGGAUGUAUUGGUGAGCAAGUUUUGCAAGUGUGAAGGAACUAAAAUUGUCUACAUUUUGGAUGGCCUUAGAGUGAGUACAUUUUCAGCAGAUUUGCAUUUUUGAGGGGAACUUUUCCUUUAAGAAAUUGCCAAAAGUGGCACUUUUUGCUUUACAAAUGCAAGAUUGUGUACAGGUAAUAUUCAUAUUUGUAUAAAGAUAUUUAGUAUAUAGUUUUAAAAUCCAGAUUUCUGUUAGAGAUAUUGUAAAUGUGAAAAUACAACCCUUGAAAAUCUUUGUUACAAAAUGUUUUUUUUUUUUUGUUGUUUUUUUUAAAUAUAUAUGAGAAAAUCUUUAUUAGAACACACACAGCAGUUGUUUAGAAACAUCUAAAAAUAAAGCCCACUGGGAUUAUUAGUUUCCGUUCUGCACAAAAGCAUUGCAUUCCCUCCGGUUCUCCACGAGUGACAUGAGCAUAGUCUGUACACAGAAGGUGUUUGUUGCAAAAUCUCAUGCAAGUCAUUUCACAUAUCAUUUAUGCAAAUAAAUCAAGAUAUAUAUGCUUAAUGUGCUGUUAAAGGUUUUUGGGUCCAUUUGUUUCAUAAAUAUCUGAAUAUUUAAAUCUAUUGUGUAGUGACUCCUGUAGCAUAUAUAGGUCAUUUUAAUAAUUCCACUGGGUUCUUGCCAUCAAAUAGACUCGGCUACAUUUUUGAAUGUGUUUUAGUUUAAGGUAGGUUUUGAUACUGGGGAUAGACAGUCAGUUGUUGUUGUUUUUGUUUGGGGUUUUUUAAUGCACAAUUUUUUUUAUUUCAUUCUGGCACUUCAGUAGCAUCAACUGACAAGCAUUAUUAAGAUUCACUGUAAAAUUGUCUGUACAGUGUCAUGCCUUGCUUUACAAAAUGAUCAAAUGUAUAACUGACGUAUGUUAUGUUCUGUGGGCAUUAAAUUUGUUUAAUGUA